AUGACGUCACGUCCAGCAAACGCGAUACGCAUUGAGUUUGGAGACAAGAGAAGAGCGGGUUGCUCAUUGCGGUAAAAAAAAAUUGUAGUAGUAAACUCUGGUGACAGAAGAAGGGUUAUUUCUACAAAGAGACUGCUGCUUUUGACACCAAACCGGGAUACUAUUCAUUCAAAGCUAAAGGAUGAAUUUUGAGCAGCCCCCUCCGUACCCAGGCAAUGGCCCCUCUGCUCCAGGCUACCCGGUCCAGGGCCCGCCUCCACAUGGCUACCCUAACCAGGGUUACCCUCCACAGGGAUACCCAGUGAACAUGGAGCAGCCCAAUCCAGCUUACCCCAACUACCCUGCGGGACCAAUGGGCCCUGGAGGCCCCGGAGGCCCCUAUCAAGACCCCGGACAGCCUCCUUAUGGGUACGCUGGACAACCGCAACCACAGUUUGGCUGGCAGGGGGGACCCCCUGGACCAAUGUAUGGGGAGGCUCCCAAAAACACAGUGUACGUGGUGGAGGACAGGAGAAGAGACAACUCCGGCUCGGACUCGUGCCUGACGGCCUGCUGGACAGCUCUGUGUUGCUGCUGUCUCUUUGACAUGCUGACAUAACUACUCUCCAAUUCCUGUUCACCCCCUCGCCCCCCAUUUCUGUGCCUCGAACCCCAUCACCCUUUCCCAAUCCUCCCCCUCUUUAUCUGCCUUAAACCUCGCACUCUCUCAAAACCAACCCUCCGUUUCCUCUACAAGUCUUUUAUCCUCGUCUAUAAAUAAAAGCCUCGAUUUCAAUAUGGAAGUCUCUGUCCGGAGCCGCUUACUCGGCCUGAAUCCCUCAGCACUGAAUAACUCACUGACCCUGUGCAGGGGCUCUGUAGCCGUUUGUAACUGAGCUAACCUGAGAGGCAGGCUCUUCAAUGUAAUCUAACACCAACACACCAGGAAUACACACACACACACACACACACACACAACACACACACACACACACACACACACACACACACACACACACACACACACACACACACACACACACCACACACACACACACACACACACACACACACACACACACCACACACACACACACACACACACACAGAUACAUAGCAACAAACACACAAGCAGAUACAUAGCAACAAACAUACAUAAGCUGUGUCUCAAUUUGAAAACUUAUUUGAAUACACUGCAUGUCAUACACUGUGAACAAUAGACUGAGUAAUGUUCUCCUAAAACGCACAGGGCUGCUGUGGCCUCACGGAAAGUUGAAGAUAGCCACUGGUUAGCUUGCUAGCCGACAUAGACGUAAGUGGUAGCAAUCACUACAAACUGCUCAAUUAGCCCAAUAAAAUGAAUGGUGGCUUCUUUUAGACAAUGGUAUAGUGGUACGUUUAUUUGUAUAGUGCUGUGUUUACUGGAGCAAUCUCAAAUGGUCACUCCCUUCCAUUACGAAGCCAAGAUGGCGGUCGAUGAGGAUAAGAAGUGUCCAGUGUUCCACACUCAACUUCUUGACUGUUAUGAUUACACCAUCCUGGUAUUCAUAAUGCACUGCAUGUUUCGUACUUUGCAAAGGAACCCACUUACACACUCAAAACUGCUAGUGUAAGUACAGAAGUACGCAUAUUGAGACACAGCAUUACAGUAUACUUAAAUCUCAGGCUAAUCUAGUGUGAGGCUCUUUGGCACUUUAUGAUGAUUACCUCUGUAAGAUACUCCUGCCUGUCCUGUCAACCAUCCCUUAAUUCCCCUUCUGCUAGUUCCCAACGCCAAGGGCAACUCCUUACACUGCCCCCCCUCCCCCAACCCCACCCAAAGGCCACCACCAACACCCCGGCUGUUAAUGAGCCACAGGGCGCUCUUAAGAAGCUGAUGCUUGAGAUGUAUCCCUUUCAUUUGCACAGAAGCUGUUUUCGCCGACGUAUGUCUUCAGGUGGAAUCAUAUGACGAUAAAUGGAAUGCAUUUUUUUAAAAGAUGACAGUGAUUUAUGUUUGAUUACUGUCAGCAGUCGAUGGCCGCAAUGUUUUUUUUUUCUCAUUGUGAUCUUGAUAUGAAAAAUGAUUCCAAUGUUAUUUUUAUUACAUACCUUGGAGAUAAAACUGGAAAAUGAAAAUAAAAAAAGAAUAAAAUGUGAUUUCUUAUAAGAAACCAAAUGAUCUGUCAGAUGCCUUUUUGCUUUGGAUGACUUGCAUUAAAAUAAUUUGUUCCCAUGAAA